CGAUAACACCGGGUAAGCGUCUGAUAAUAAAAUCAUAUAUGAACUACAACGGCUUAUAUUAAACACUUUGUUUAACUACUAUCGCUGUAUUACGUGUGUAAUGGCUGCGGAGGGACAAGAGGCGGGCGAUGAAUGGGCUGCACGUCAAACAAACGAUAUCACCAUACUCUUGGUGGGACAGACCGGACAUGGAAAAAGCGCUACCGGAAACAGCAUUCUCGACAGGAAGGCUUUCGUUUCCAUGUCAUCGCCAGCAUCCGUCACAGAUUCAAUCCAACGAGCGGUCGCUGUACGGAAUGGGCGUCGAAUCGAAAUUGUGGAUAGUCCUGGAUUUGCUGAUACAUCCAAAGGGAAAGAAUUUGUAAGGAAGAGUCUUACACAAGCUGUCUACCAGACGCUUCCUGGAUUUAACGCAAUUGUUUUCGUCUUGUAUCCAGAUAGGUUCACUGAUGAACUGGUAAAGACCGUAAAUCUUUUCUUUGAGUUUUUCGGAACAGGUGUAAACAAAUUUGCUUUCAUUAUGUUCACACACUUUAAAUCAAAAGAGAACAUGCAUGAAUAUAUAGACAAUGCUUAUGCAAACCCGACGGGUAACGUACAGGUUCUUUUGGAACUAAUAGAAAGAUGUGAGAGCAGGGUUUUGUGCAUCGAUAACAAAAUGAAGAACGAAAAAAUUCAAGUCAUGGUAGAUGAUAUUAUUCGUUCAAUCGAUGCAAACACCGUGCGCUUAGGACAAGAAUAUUUCACGAACGCCAUGUUUGAAGACGCUAGGAAAUAUGUAGACGAUGUUCUUAAAAAUGUGAAGAUAAGCCGUAUUAAAACGCAGCUAAGGGAAUCGAUUGAAAUACCAAAAAGAGUAGAAGAAAAUACAAAAAUGAAGAUAGCUGAGCCAGCUGAUACAGCUGAGAAGGUGAACGAGACAGUUGCAGAUGAAGGCAAACAGACAGUACGUCGCCUUUGCCAACGAUAUGAAUCAAACGCAUCAGACUUUAGAAUGUUAAGUCGAGACCGCAUCAACACUAGGCCUUGGAAAAGUACCAGAGAUUUGAGACAAGUAUUUGACGAAACUCCACUUGUUCAGGAGAAGAACGCUAUCGAAGGAAACCAUGAACCACAGCCAAAUAUUUGCCCUAGAAAGUCAGUUGCUACAUCGACAGUAGAUGAUAGCUCGCUUCUUCGAAAAGAAAACUGGUCUGAAUUUGAUAGCAGAAUUUCUGGAGUUUUUCAUCAAAGUCUUAAUACAAAUCUUCAUGAUUGCUUGAAUCCUGACAGUGGAGACCCAGAAAUUGUAAAUUCAAGUGAGGUUGAACCGAAUGAUCCUGGACUACUUGAAGUUCCUGGCCGAAAAUACGACAUAUUUAAGGAUGAACUCAAGAAAGAUAAAAGGUCAUUCGACCGAGCAUUUGCAGCCGUUUCAAACUGGUUUAAUCGGAGAAUUAAAAAAGCAUCAAACUUGUUUUAACAUUCACAAGGUUGUUCAAGCUUUCUUUCUUUUUUUUCUGUUAACGAUUGAUAUAAUGUGCUUUAAUUCACAAACCAAACAAUCAGCACUAGCAUUUUAAGUUUUUUUUCAAAUUUAACACGUCUCAUGUAAAAUGAUGAAAUUUUCUUACCAUCCUCUCGAUAAAAUUUUAAAUAUAACAAAACCAUGAGAGGCAAAAUACAUUCCAGAAAACAUAAGAUACGAUUCAUUGUCUUUUUCAUCCUCUCUAAAUCAAUUCGUCUAUGAAGCGGAACGAAAAUGUUACCAUGGUAAAUAUGAAGCUGGACAAAAUAAACUAAUAAUGUAU